AUGGACCUCUCCUUUAUGUACCGCUGGUUCAAGAACUGCAACUUGGUGCGAAACCUCUCAGAGAAGUAUGUCUUCAUCACCGGCUGUGACUCGGGCUUUGGGAACCUGCUGGCCCGGCAGCUGGUUGAUCGGGGUAUGCGGGUGCUGGCUGCUUGUCUCACUGAGGAGGGGGCCCAGAAGCUUCAGCAGGAUACCUCCUACCGUCUGCAGACCACUCUACUGGAUGUCACCAAGUCUGAGAACAUCCAGGCAGCAGCCCAGUGGGUGAGGGACCAAGUGGGCGAGCAAGGCCUCUGGGCCCUGGUGAACAAUGCUGGAAUAGGCCUGCCCAGUGGUCCCAGUGAAUGGCUGACCAAGGAGGACUACGUGAAGGUGAUCAAUGUGAACCUGGUAGGACUGAUUGAUGUGACCCUCCACAUGUUGCCCAUGGUCAAGAAAGCCCGUGGCAGAGUCAUCAACGUGUCCAGCUCUGGUGGUCGCGUAGCUGUCAUCGGUGGUGGCUACUGUGUGUCCAAGUUUGGUGUUGAGGCCUUCUCUGACAGUAUAAGGCGUGAGCUCCACUAUUUUGGGGUCAAGGUCAGCAUCAUUGAGCCUGGAAACUACCGGACGUCCAUUCUGGGCAAGGAGAACAUAGUGUCUCGCAUGCGCAAGCUGUGGGAGCGGCUGCCUCAGGAGACCCGGGAUAGCUAUGGAGAAGAGUACUUCUGCAUCUAUACUGAAAAGUUAAAAAACACGUUGCAGUUGGCCGAGCCAAAGAUCAUCGAUGUCACCAAUAGCAUGGAGCACGCCAUUGUGUCCCGGAGCCCCCGCAUUCGAUACAACCCUGGCCUGGAUGCCAAACUCCUCUAUCUCCCCCUGGCUAAGUUGCCCACCCCAGUGACAGAUUUUAUUCUGAGCCGGUACCUUCCAAGGCCAGCGGACAGUGUCUGAGCCAGCAAGGCUCCAGGGUAGUCAGUGGAGUGUAGAGGAGUGGGUGGGAAAAGGAACUGUGGGCAUCAGAUGUCCUGGGGGUCCUGGCUGCAAAAGACGCUUUGCUUGGUUGCCAGUCACUGCUGGGGAAUUUACGGGUAACUUUUUUUUUUUUUUAAUAGAAGACCAGUGCUGCUGGUGGAAACCUGGGGUGGCCUUUGAAGGUUCAGAGGCCUAGGGUAUGGCCCCAAGAACAUCGCCCAGUAAGGAUAAGGCAUUUGCUGGGCUGGAAAAGUCGAGGAGAGAACAACCAGCUGCUCCUGAAUCCUGAGCCCCUGUCAAUUAUCCCCCCCAUUGGGAAAUACUGUGGGAUUAUCUAGUCCACUGGAGAAUCUCAACCAUCUUCCUACUGAAUCUUUAGACAUACAUUAACCUCAUUGUAGAAACCCGAAACCUAACCCAUUGCCAACAAGUCCAUUCCAACUCAUAGCGGCCCUAUGGGACAGAGUAGAACUGCCCCACAGGGUUUCCAAGGAGCAACUGGUAGAUUUGAACUGCUGACCUUUUGGUUAGUAGCCAAGCUCUUAACCACUAUACCUUCAGGGCUCCUUAACCUCAUUCAUAUAACCCAUUAAUUUGAAAUAUGUAAUAGAGCAGGCAAGGACAGCAAGAUUAUAUUAAGCAAAGGUUUAAAUUUUCUCUCUCUUUAGAUUUUUCUAUUCAUAGGUGAUUGGGAUUUACAUUAAAUAACAUUUUUUUAUUUACUCACCAUUGAUUAAU